CUCGGCCCUUCCCGGACCCGGAGGGAGGCCCCGGCCGGACCCCGGGCCUGGGCGGGAGAGGGGGCUAGCGGACGGCUCGCCGGCCCGGGGAUGGACGGCACGGAGGCGGCGGCGGCCGAGGCUGCAGGCGGCGGCCCGCAAGGGCCCAAAACAGGGUGCAGAACAGCCAGUUCCAUGGAGGUGACCUCAGCUGUGGAGAGAAGUGGCACUGAGCCACAGCCCAGUAAUGGACACCUCCCAACAUCCUGGCCCUGCCCUCAGGAAGACAGAACACCCAGCCUGAUGGCCCCCCAGCCUCUUAGGGCAUCGGAGGGGAUACAGCUCCAAGGCCCCUCUGUGCUGGAGUCCAAGGUCAGGGCCUUGAAGGAAAAGAUGACAGGAGGAAAACAGGGGGCAAGCCCCAGACUCACUGCCCAUGAGCGGUCAUCCCCAAAAAAACCCAAAUGCCGGCGAGUCAAGGCGGGUGGAGCCAGGACCCCAUCAGAGGGGUCUCCCCUGCCAGGUGCUGCAGUGGUCCUCAGUACUCAGAACCUGACUGACAGGCAGCUCAACAGCAGUGCCAGUGAGGAGGAACCCACCAGGAAUGGCGGCCCCGGACCUCCCAGGCCACCUGCCCCUGGGGUCAAGUGCUGGAAUGAGAAGAGUCCAUGGCCUCCAGAAGCAGUGUGGGCACUGCCUGACCACGAGAGGGGUCUGCUUCUGGGUCCCAGCUCUUUGCAAGAGAGCCCCAUCCACAGAGUCACUCCAGGCUGGCCUAGGGGCCCGGGACCUUGUAACCAAGUUACCCAUACGCCCAACCUGAGGAAAGGAAGGUCAUACCUUCUUUGGGAUGGUCUAGGCACAGGGGGAGACCUGGACAGCUUGUCUCUGACCUCCAAAGAAGAUUUUGUCCCCAGGCCAGCCCUGCUGGCAGGGCUCUGGAGAGCUGGAGACCUGGACACUGGGAGCAGCGCCUUGCCCCUAUCUGACCGGGUGGAGAGGAACCGCCUUCUGCUGCAGGAGAUGUUACUUGUUGCGGGGAAGGGCCCCCCAAAAGUAGGAAUCCCAACCUGGACUCCAUCCUGGGACAGAACUGUACUAGAGCGACCAGCAGGGGACGUGGAUUGGGACUCAGGAAUCUCCCUGCAGGACUCGGACCAGAACAGGACCUUUGGACCCAAGCCGGAGCCCGCGCUGAGGAGCCCCAGGCAUGAGGAAGCCAAGCACCUGCUGCAGCGUGCCCGCAUGAAAGCCAGGCCCCGGCCCCUCCGUGCCAGCCAUGAUAUCGUGCCCACCAUGGCCCAGGGCAGCCGAGACGGCGGGAGAAGCCCGGCCCCAGACCGGAGGAUGCCCUUUGCCCGCAGAGACCAGCUCCGGAACGGGAGCACGAGCGACUCCUCCAGCGGGGAGUCCAGCGGUGGGCAGUGGCCGAAGCGGGGCCCCUCCCCGUCCCACGUCCGCUUCGAGGACGAGUCUGCCCGAGAGGCCGAGUCCCGCUACUUGGAGCGGCUGCAGCAGCGCCAGCGCCAGGUACUGAGCCCCGCGCUGCAGACGGGGGACCAGGGCCCCCUGCGCUCCAAGCCCGAGCUUGCCAACUACAUCGCCGGGGGCCUCCAGCGCAGGGAGGCCGGCGAAGGGGCUUUGCACAGGCUUGUGGGCCACCUGGACCAGGGGGUCCUCCCGGCGCCGCCGCCCACACGGAGCAGCCAGAGGACGUGUAGAGCCUGCGGCAGCUGCAUCGAGGACCGACGCCCUGUCCAGGGCAAGGCAGCCCAACACCCCAGGGUCCUCCAGGAGCGCGAGGCUGCCUCUGAGCUGGAGGGAUUGUCGGCUGAGCCCCUUAGCUCCGGCGGCCUGAGCGCCCCCCUCAGACUCCUCCCUGCCAAGCAGGGGCUCCGCACCGAAAGGAUUCGAGAGACACACAUUGGAGACUCGGUGCACCCGGAGGAGGUGGACUCUGCCUUGGACAGCACGGACACCUCGGACAGCUGCAGGACCGACAGCGAGGAGGCUGGGACCUCUCAGCCCAGCAGGGCCCGCGGCCCAGCCCGAGACAGCAGCCCGCGUCCGCGGGGCUCCAGGCCCCGAGGAGGCCACAGAUGGUUCCGGAAGGCUGAAAUGGAGCCAUCCGAGAGCCCUCGGGCCCCACACGACCUGCCCAGAGUUGAUCGCAAGGAGGUUUCAGAUGAGACAAGAGAAAGCAGAGAACACCCGCCUGAGGGGGCUGUGUUUCCCAGAGAAGAUGCUUCCUCGAAGCCUCCUGUGCAAGGCGCUAAGAGGGCCUCCCUGGGAUCCCAGCGGCCACCAGGACCAGGACUGGGAGAUCAGGGUUCUCACCCUGUGGAUUCCCUGGCGCUGUUGAGGAAAGCCUGUGUCACGGCCUCCGUCAUGAAGCUGCCAUCCCCUGGGCCAGACAGACAAACCCAGGUUAUAGAAAGCCAUGAGUCUCUGGACACUGUCCCCCUGCAACAGAAUCAGGAAGAGCUCUCGGCCCCUCAUCAGGCCCAGCAGCCGCCUGCUUCCCUCUCCCCUGCAGGAUGGGUGCCAACUCCACCCUCUUCCAGGAAAACCCCCUCACCUGGCCCUCACAGGAAGGCAGCCCUGGCUGGGCCUCGCAGGCCAGGGGACCAGGGAAAGCCUGUGGACAAUCCCCUGCCCUCCUCCAGAAGUGAAGUGCCCAUGACCUGUGAGCUCAGCCCCCCACAGACGGAGUCCUGCAGCCGCAACGUCAGUCAGCCACUGCUGACCCUGUCCACCAACAACUGCAACAACAGCGAAGCGGGGCCUCAGGACCCCUGGGGAGGCGCCGCCCACGAGGGCAGGGGGCUGAAGGGCGCCCGCAGCCAGGAGCCUGAGGCACCCCUGGAGAACUGCGGAGAUGGAGGACCCCAGGACUUUCUCGGCUCCACAGGUGUCGGCACCAUCAGCUCCAUGGGUAUCACCCUUUCCCUGGCCUCUGAGGAGCCAGAGUCCAGCCAGGAGCCAGAGGGAGGUCUGCAGAGGACAGAGGUGAAUUCCGAAGUGCCUGCGUCGUCCCGAGCACUUCCGGGGGUCAGUGCAAGACCCGGCCCGCCCUCAGCUGCCCCUUCUGACAGGAACAAGAAAAGCAACGGCAGCAUCGCCUCCACCCUGGGGCUGAAAAAGCUCUUCCUGGCCCUGGGCCAGGGCACACGGCCCAGGUUGGGCAAGUCCCGCAGCUGUAGUGUGGAGCAGCUGCAGCCCCCGGUGCCUGGCUCGGCUUUACACACCAGCACCCCCAAGGUGAAGAGAGCCCCAUCGUUACAAUGCCUGCAUCUGGUGUCACCCCCUCACCAACAUCGAAAAGCUGCCUCCUUUCAGAACCUCCAUUCUCUGCUGAGUGGCAAGGUGGACCGUUCGAGCCUCUACCUGGUAGGGAAGCCAGGGGGCCACAGUGCAGAUGGCAGUCUCCCGUUCUCCUUUGCAGGGUUCUAUGUGCAGGAGAUGGCUGACACGAGCACGGCCAAGCUGUACUCGGGGCUGCUGGGGGUGGGGGACGAGGUCCUCGAGGUGAAUGGAGCCAAGGUGGCGGGGCUGGGCUUGGCUCAUGUGAAGGAGCUUCUGGCUCACGCAGAGAGCUUGUCACUCCGUGUACUGAGGCAGAGGCCUGGCCCACGGUGAGCCAGAGGUGCUCUGGCCGUGAACCACCCCGCGGAGUAUGACUGGGAAAGCGCUGCACAAAGCCGCUUGGAAGAGCACGGUGGCACGUCGUGAACGCCCUGGACUGUGGCUGGGCUUCUGUGAUGGACCGCCCAAAGGAGAGGGAAGAAGCCUGUUUGUGUAUUUUGUAUAAGAAUGUUAAUUUAUGCAGAACUAGGGAACAAAAAUGUGGGUGUCCAAGCCCCAAGUGGUGUCAACAGCUUCCUGCACCUUUGCUGGCAGGGGGAGGCAAGAUUCUGCAGAUCCUUCUCUUGGUCCCUGAGCAUCAGUCGCCUCACCCCCAGGUCCCAUCUCACUCCGUAUCAAGGGCUCCAGCAGCCUUCCGCACGCCAGAACCAAAGAAAGUGCUGGGCCGUACUGGCCUGGAACCUGCCUUUUUCAGUCUUAUUUCUCCCAGCUCGCCUUUGACACCUUUGCUUUUUUUCCAGAAAUGGGCAAAGUGUCCUGGAGUAACAGCCUUACAGCCAUUGAUCACCUGUUCCAAACCAAGAAUUGGAACACGUGGCCUGUUGUGAGGACAUCUGAGAGAUGUUAUCUGGUAGCCAGAAUAUUAAGAAUUUUUGUGAUAUAUAAGGUUGAAGUAAAAAGUGAAGCAGAGACCAAUUUCAGGGAAAUGCGGCUGCAGCCAGUGAGACUUGCCAGCCUAGCCCCGGCCCCAUUGCCUUGCCCUCUGUCUCUACCCAGCGCGAGGCUAAAGCUACUGGAGCCUGGCUGUGAAGGCCUCUCUGCCUCCUCUGUCGAGCUUGGACACAGGGCUGUAGCUCGUGCCAGGCUGUCCCCAGCCACAAGCUGUGGGUGGGCUGGCCAGCAGGGAGAUGGCAUGGCACAGGCCAGGAGGAUGUGCUGUCCCACCUGGCCACUUCCCCUGUCUAGGUCUGAACACUGCGCAAAGGGUUAGGACUCUCUGCGCGUGGAUGGCUGUGUGUCAGUCUUAAAUUAUUAAAAAGCAAAGCCAAAGCUUCUCCCA